AUGCGUAUGGACUUCAACCCCAAGUUGGGACAAAAGAGGCCGAGGGAGGCAAUCGCAGUAACCUUCAACAAGGAAGAUAUAGCAGGGGUGAUCUUCCCACAUAAUGAUGCUCUCGUGAUCUCCCUGAAAAUAGGCGUAGCCACGAUAAAGAGGAUAAUGGUGGACCAGGUGACUGCUGGUCUGGUUACGGUUGAGGUAGAUUUUCUUGUUAUUGAUUUACCUUCAACAUACAAUGCAAUUUUGGGGAGGAUAUGGUUGCAUUUGUUGGAGGCUGUACCAUCCUCUUACCACCAGAUGCUGAAGUUCCCUUAUGAAGACAAGGUGGUGGAGAUAACAGGAGACCAGGCUGCGACAAAGGAAUGCUUCAUGGAAAAAGUCUAG